UUUGGGUAAAGCUUAACAAAAUUCAAAAAGACUACCGAGCAGUUUAUAGAUUUAAUUACCGGAGCCAUUAUUACGAAAAGAUGUCUGAAGAAUUAACUAAACAAACUGAAGAAUUAUCUUUAGAUUCCAAGACUGUUUUUGAUACUAAAGAAGAAUUUACAGCCAAACAUCCAUUAAAUAGUAGAUGGACUUUAUGGUAUACUAAACCUCAAGUUCAUAAGAAUGAAAACUGGCAUGAUUUAUUAAAACCAGUUAUUACUUUUUCAUCAGUUGAAGAAUUCUGGGGUAUUUAUAAUUCCAUUCCAGUUGCCAAUCAAUUACCUUUAAAAUCAGAUUAUCAUUUAUUUAAAGAAGGUAUUAGACCAGAAUGGGAAGAUGAACAAAAUUCUAAAGGUGGUAAAUGGUCAUAUUCAUUUAAUAAUAAAAGAGAUGUUAGUGGUAACAUUAAUGAAUUAUGGUUACGUGGUUUAUUAGCUGUUAUUGGUGAAACUAUUGAAGAUGAAGAAGAAGAAGUUAAUGGUAUUGUCUUAAAUAUUAGAAAGCAAGCAUUUAGAGUUGGUAUUUGGACUAAAGAUUGUGAUGAAACAAAAUUAACAAUUAUUGGAGAAAGAUUAAAGAAAAUCUUACAAUUAAAAGAUGAACAAAAAGUUGAAUUUAUGUCUCAUGAUGCUUCUAACAAGAAAGGUUCAGAACCUCAAAUUGUAUUGUAAUUUUAGCUACACAUUCAAACCUCUUAUAUAUAGUCUACUACAAAUGGUUGUUUUGUUUGUUUAAUGAUCUUUAACUAUU